AACACCAUUUCGAGCUCAAAAACUCAUCCAAAUUCCAAUAUUACUUCCAAAUUUCUCCUUUGAGACAUUUCCUCGAACACUUAGCGUAAUGGGUAUUCGUCUACCGGAGAUCAUUCUUCACGCCAAGCAAAUUACUCACCGGCAAAUUGGAUUUGAAGUGAUGAAGCACCGACCGGCGUCGUCGGAUGUUCCGAAAGGCCAUUUCGUGGUAUAUGUUGGGGAGGACGAAGAAGAAAGGAAGCGAUUCGUGGUGCCAUUGUCGUACUUGAAGAAUCCUCUGUUUCAAGAACUGUUGAGUAAGGCUGCUGAAGAGUUUGGAUUCGAACAUCAGUUUGGUGGGAUUACGAUUCCUUGCGCGCAGGAUCAUUUUCUCGGUUUAACUUCUCGAUUGAACACACCCAUAAGCUGAAACUGAUCAGAAAUGAGAACCCAUUUGCCUCCAAAAUGGUAGAACACUGUAAAUUAAUCGAUGAUAUUCUUAUAUUUGCGUUUUUUAUAAAUGGGUUUCUCCAACUGUAGGGGAAAUCAUUGAU